GCUACGAGCAGGAAGUGUCCCAGCUGCGGGCGGAGACUGCACCAUGGCCCCGGACCCCUGGUUCUCCACAUACGAUUCUACGUGUCAGAUAGCCCAAGAAAUCGCUGAGAAGAUUCAAGAACGAAAUCAGUGUGAAAGAAGAGGUGAAAAGACACCGAAGCUUACCUUGACAAUCAGAACGUUGUUGAAGAAUCUGAAGGUAAAGAUCGACCUUUUGAAGGACUUACUGCUAAGAGCUGUGUCGACACGCCAGAUAACACAACUGGAGGGGGAUCGAAGACAGAACCUGCUGGAUGACCUUGUCACCCGAGAGAGACUGCUCCUGGCAUCGUUUAAGAAUGAGGGUGCAGAGCCGGAUCUGAUCAGGUCCAGCCUGAUGAGCGAAGAAGCAAAGCGAGGAACUCCCAACCCUUGGCUCUGUGAGGAGCCGGAGGAGACCAGAGGUUUGGGUUUUGAUGAGAUCCGACAACAGCAGCAGAAAAUUAUUCAAGAACAGGACGCGGGUCUUGAUGCCCUUUCCUCUAUCAUAAGUCGCCAAAAACAAAUGGGCCAGGAAAUUGGGAACGAACUGGAUGAACAGAAUGAGAUCAUCGAUGACCUUGCCAACCUCGUUGAGAACACAGAUGAGAAGCUUCGAACUGAAGCCAGGCGAGUGACCCUGGUGGACAGAAAGUCAACUUCCUGUGGGAUGAUCAUGGUGAUUUUAUUGCUGCUCGUGGCUAUUGUGGUCGUUGCAGUGUGGCCAACCAACUGAUAGCAAUAAAGGGACCACCCGCUGUGACACCUGCCAACUACGAAUGAAAGCCCAGCAUCCUUUUGGUACAUAACACCUGCUCUCAAUAAAUUUUCCACCGCUCUGGGCUCUUGGUGUACCUUGUUUGGGUAGAGAACAGAGCUGAGCAGCUCUGGAGACCUUCCUAGAGCACUGGCCCAGUUGUGUCCCCUGUCUUCUGUCAGUGAUUUUGUUGGUAGUCAGAAGUCCCUCAGAUGGCCAUUGUCCCACAGCUGCCAAUGGAUUCCAGUCACCCUCUGUGUGCUGGGCAUCCUGAGGGCUGUCAUAUUAAUAGGCAGUGUGUGACCUUGGUGGCUGCUUGUACUGCGGAAAACCACGUGCCCUUGUGCAAAUGAGUGGCUGAUCAUGUGUCUGGGUGUCCAGAUAGCAGGAUCUACGUAAGGCAAGAGCCACACAGAAGACAUAGCCAACAGCCUCUCUGUCAGCCACCAUGUGUAAUUUCCCACAAAGCUUAGAUGCCCAACAGUGCUGGCUAUUUCUGCUCUAAGAGUUUCUGGACCAUCUUCGUAUCUGGACGUGAACCUUUUCAAUUUUGCUUUGUUAAUAAACGCGUCCUUCAAGAUUGAUGACACCUUUCUAAAACAAAAUCCAGACGUGGAGGCACAUGCCUUUAACCCCAGCACUUAGGAGUCAGAGGCAGUGGAGUUCAAAAAAAAAAAAACAACAACAACAAAAGACAUAUUUGACACCUUUCUAAGUAGCCCACAGCCUUAGAUCUUGAGGGAGGGAGCAGUCAGAGGAAAGCCUGGUUAUAAAGCAGGAAGUGCUGCCUCCGUCCAGCCUCUCCACUGGCUCUGAAGCCAUGUGUGUGCCAAGUGAGGGCAUGCACAUAAGUAUUUCAGAGACAGGACUCAGAGCGAAACUGACUGCAAAAGAUACCGGGUCUACAGAUGGGUGCUGGGGCAGCGAGCCCUCUCUCCUCUCUCUACAGAAAGCAGGAUGGGCAGUUAGCCUCGCUUUCUCAUAGCAGAAAGAAGAGUUAAAGCUAAUGCCAGAAGUCUUGCCGUAGCAUUGGCUUCAGUGAGGAGGAGACAGGCCUGUGGUAGGUCCUGUGACUUUCCUUAAGAGAACAUAAUCCAAAGCCUGCGCUGGACAGAAUCAGGCACCAGGAAGAAAGCCCCAGUGUCACCUAGACUGGUGCCCUUUCCUGGGACCCUGAGACCGAGGAUUCCAAGUGUUUUGUUUGACUCUGACUCAUACCAGAAUGCAGACAGGCAGGACAGCAAUGGGGUCUCUGUGGCACAGCAAAGGGUUUCUGGGAGCUCUCAGGCCAGCAGUGAAGUGUCCAUCUCGAGAGCACAUCACCUCAGCUCGAGUUCUGGCUGAACUACUUACCCUGGCCUCCCACGGGACAAGACGAAGUAACAGAAGACAAGAGAGUAAGAAACACGCUGCCGACGGGGGUUGCCAUACCACUUAUCAGCUCUGUGACCACAGACAGACAGGUUCCCUUUCUGUGCCAGUGGCCUCAUGUACAAAAAGGUGACAAUCCCCCGCUGCCCCACCUUGCCCCACCUCAGGGCUGCUGGGAGGACUGGGUGAGGUACUGAAGCACAGCAAGCCACUUGGCUCAGGUGGAAGGGGACUCUUCCUAUAACACUAGUCUAAGCCGAGGUGUCCAGCAGGCUCAGGACCCUGUCUCCCACUCUUCUAAGUACACGAACUGUAGGAGCAAGCCAGGCAGGGGCAAAGUUUGCUGCUAACUUGGCCAAUGAUGCCCAAGUUCCUGAGGAUCCCAAGGCCCUAGGAGCUGACUUAGCCAGAUUGUCAGGGUCAUAGUAUACCAGGAGGUGGCAACUGGCAGAGGGUGUGAAGCAGGCUGUGAGGGGCGGACUGGAGGUGAAGAAGAGUGUGGGCUUGUGUCAGGGGCGUGUGAUUGGGAAGACAGGAGCCUUGCUGGACUGCUGGCCAGGGCUUUAAGACACAGUGUACCCUGAGACACAUUUGUCAGGGCAGGGUGGUUGCUAAUGGAUCAUCCAAUGUAAGACCAAGAAUCUGUAGAGCUCCAUCAUCCAGUCUUGUGGGAAACCCCAAAUCUGUACAAACAGUGUCUCCUGGGAGCCCCCCACUUUGGGGCUCAGAAGCAGCAGCAUUGAGAGUCUGUUUAACUUUCUCACCUCCUCUUGACUUGCUCAGCACGAAGCCCCGGCAACUCGUGGGACACUUUGAACCAGAGCCACGAAGGCCUGGCUCAGUUGCACUGAAAGCCCUUUUCAGGAAGACACUGGCCCAUGUCUGCACACAGUGGCUUCUGUUCUUCUGGCCGAAUGGGCUCUAGGCCCAGUCAGGGCAUUGUGUGACCCCGGACAAGUUCCUUCCCUUCUGUAUACCAUGGGCAGGGGAGCGCAGGAGGAAAGCUGCCUGAGAGGUUCAUGGUGUGAGGACCGUGGGCACUGCAGGCAGGGAGACUCAUCCCCAGGCAGUCUUCCUCAAAGAUGGCUUUCCCCGCACCAUCCAAAGCAGCCAGGCAUGCCCAGCUGAGUGGGGUGUACCAGAGAGCCUGCUGCUUCAAAGCCCAGGGGACAGCUCCUGUAGAGUGGGGUUUGCCAGCGGUGUUUGCAAGGCCUAGUUUCCCAGUUACUAUGUCAGGUCUGUAGACCAGUGACCUGCUGUGAGCGUUCUGGAACCAGUGACCUGCUGUGAGCAUUCUGGAACCAGUGACCUGCUGUGAGCAUUCUGGAACCAGUGACCUGCUGUGAGCAUUCUGGAACCAGUGACCUGCUGUGAGCAUUCUGGAACCAGUGACCUGCUGUGAGCAUUCUGGAACCAGUGACCUGCUGUGAGCAUUCUGGAACCAGUGACCUGCUGUGAGCAUUCUGGAACCAGUGACCUGCUGUGAGCAUUCUGGAACCAGUGACCUGCUGUGAGCAUUCUGGAACCAGUGACCUGCUGUGAGCAUUCUGGAACCAGUGACCUGCUGUGAGCAUUCUGGAACCAGUGACCUGCUGUGAGCAUUCUGGAACCAGUGACCUGCUGUGAGCAUUCUGGAACCAGUGACCUGCUGUGAGCGUUCUGGAACCAGUGACCUGCUGUGAGCAUUCUGGAACCAGUGACCUGCUGUGAGCGUUCUGGAACCAGUGACCUGCUGUGAGCAUUCUGGAACCAGUGACCUGCUGUGAGCUUUCUGGAACCAGUGACCUGCUGUGAGCGUUCUAGAAGUACACCACUCACAGAACACAGAGUGGCCAGGCAGCCAGAGCACCCCUGUCUUCAGGGACUUUGUCAAUGAAAGUAAACCUUAUUAAAACAGCAGCAUAUGAAUUGUUUAACUUAACUGAUUAUUAAUUAUAUGCAUCUUAAAUCUGGAUACCAUAUAAAGAAAUCCAGAUACCUGGA